AUGCUGUCGUGCCGCCUCCAGUGCGCCCUGGCCCUGCUGUCCAUCGCCCUGGUCCUCGGCACCGUCUCGGCCGCCCCCUCGGACCCGCGGCUCCGGCAGUUCCUGCAGAAGUCCCUGGCUGCCGCCGCCGGGAAGCAGGAACUGGCCAAAUACUUCUUGGCAGAACUGCUCUCAGAGCCAAGCCAGACAGAAAAUGAAGCCCUGGAGUCUGAGGACUUGUCCCGAGGGGCUGAGCAGGAUGAAGUGAGACUGGAGCUGGAGCGUUCGGCUAACUCAAACCCCGCUCUGGCACCCCGGGAACGCAAAGCAGGCUGCAAGAACUUCUUCUGGAAAACUUUCACAUCCUGUUAG